UUUCGCGGAGGGCACGCGCUAUAUUUGGAAUACCCUGCGCGCGCUCCGGCAUUCCUGCUCUUGCGCUGUCAGUGCGUGUCAGACCUUUACGCCAAUUUUAACCGGACGUCUACAGCAAUAGCCUAAAAUAAGUCCUCUCCUGACCGACGCCUGGUCCGUCCAUCGCGUCCUCUCGCGUUUAAAGAGUGCGUCUUUAUUUAAAUGUUUCUAGUCAUAUAGCACGUAGCGGAGCGCACUCAGCGCGCAUGCGCAGUGCCCGGAGCAAGUGAACAAACGCAAAUGGAUAGCAGCACGCAGGUAGGUGACAGUAUGGACUCGCAUACGAAAGCAGGAAGAUUGCCAUGAGGACCAUAUAAUGAACAGCACAGAUCCAAAUGCAGAAGCUUAUAUGACCUUCAUGAAAAAACAUUGCUGUUAUGAUGCUAUUCCUACCAGCUGCAAACUGGUCAUUUUUGACACUUCAUUGCAGGUAAAGAAAGCCUUUUUUGCUUUAGUAGCGAAUGGUCUCCGGGCUGCCCCGCUAUGGGAUAACAAGCAGCAGAAAUUUGUGGGUAUGCUGACUAUCACAGAUUUUAUCAACAUUCUUCAUCGGUAUUAUAAGUCACCUUUGGUUCAGAUCUAUGAACUGGAGGAGCACAAGAUUGAGACAUGGAGAGGUGAUUCAUUUCAAAAUGUCUACCUGCAAUAUCACAAACAAAAUCUUAUCAGCAUCUCCCCUAAUGCAAGCCUCUUUGACGCUGUCUACUCUUUACUGAAACACAAAAUCCACAGGCUUCCAGUUAUCGAUCCAGAAUCUGGAAAUGUCCUUCACAUACUUACCCAUAAGAGAAUCCUCAAGUUCCUUUAUUUAUUUGGACCUACAAUACCAAAGCCAUAUUUUUUGCAGAUGAAAAUUAAAGAUGCAGGUAUAGGAACGUUCAGAGAUAUAGCUACUGUCCAGCAGACCGCCACCGUCUAUGAUGCUCUGUCUGUGUUUGUUGAUCGACGAGUGUCUGCCCUCCCUGUUGUGGAUGAGAAUGGUAGGGUGGUCGCUCUGUAUUCCAGAUUUGACGUGAUUAAUCUUGCAGCACAGAAAACGUACAAUAACCUGAGCAUGAGCAUGCAGGAAGCGUUGCGGAGGAGGCGGUGUUACGUGGAAGGGGUGAUAAAAUGUUACCCUGACGAAACUCUGGAAACUGUUAUUGACAGAAUAGUCAAAGCAGAGGUCCAUAGGCUGGUGCUUGUGGACAGAAAUGACGUGGUUCGGGGAAUCAUCUCUCUCUCUGACCUGCUGCAGGCUAUAGUCUUAUCACCCGCAGGUAUUGAUGCUCUGUUUUCCUAAUCUGAGAGGAUAUAAUCCUCCUCUUCAUUCAUCUAACCAACCGUAUAAUCCAGGUUUUGAAAGAUGAAGUAUGACUGUGGCCAAGAAUGAAGAUAAUGAACUGAAAUAUAUGUCUGCAAAAUAUAGCAUUAAUUUUUUAUUUUAUACAUAAUGUUGUCUUAAUGUUGUUGUCAUUAUGUUACGUUGUCUGUUGAGUGUGUACAAUAAACAAUGAUACAUUUCUUAUUGAAUAAGUUUUACAAUAACAAUAUUUUCACAGAAAACAACUGUUUUCUUGUAUGUACGAGGCCACGUGGGCUUGAGUUUUGAUCAAAUUGAUCUCAUUUGCCUUUGUGGGCUUUGCCAUGAAAUGUAUUGUUAGAAUAUAAUUUUUUUUUGUAAUAAAUAAUUUACUGCAA